AUGGACUCCGACAUCAAGCCCUUCAACAUCAGCAUUUCGGAUGCCAAAAUCGCCCAGCUGCACCACAAGCUGGAGCAUGCCACUUUCCCCGACGAGACACCCUUGUCCGAUGAUUGGGCAGGUGGUGUUCCCCUCAGUGACUUCAAGCGACUGGUCAACUACUUGAAGGGCGAUUUUGACUGGCGCCAGCAAGAGAGACGCUUCAUCGAAGUGGCCAAAAUUCUCCCUCUCUUGACCAAUCCGGACAGUCAAGAUCAGCCGUGCUUCGAUGACGUUGCUCCAUCUCUGCCCAAUUUUGGCUUCUCAUCUGGCCCUUCCAAGCCAGGAUCUGUGCUCGAGCAGUACGCAGAAUCUUGUCACAAGCUGAUGCUCAAGCUUGGGUAUUCAAACUACGCCACACAAGGAGGAAACUGGGGGAACGGCAUCACACGUUUCAUGGACAUCAGAUAUGGUCCUGCGUCGUCGUCCGCGACCAAGAAAUCUGGAGCCGUUUGGGCCAGUCACAUCAACCACAACCUAGCCGUUCCUCCUUCCAUCAGUACCAUCCCACAGCAUGGGUCCCUUGUGUACCUCAAGUAUCUGUUUCCCACGUACAGCAACCGAGAAAAAGAAGGCUUGGCUCGAACCCACCGGUUUUGGGAAGAAGGUGCCGCCUACAACGGCCUCCACUGCCACAACCCAACCACCAUUGGCAUUGCUUUGAGGGACUCGCCUGUGGCCUUGUUAUCGUGGAUCUACGGGAAGCUCUACGACUGGACAGACUCUUACCCCUGGACAGACGACGAGAUUCUUACCUGGAUCAGCAUCUACCAGUUCGCCAGUGCAGGGCCCAAGGCUGGCUGCCGCGUUUACUACCACUCGGCAACUGCCAAGAAGGUGGAGGAAUACAAUCCGAGAGUGAAGUUGGGCGUGUCAACCUUCCCAAAGGACUUGUUGAUGUCGCCAAGCUACCACUAUCGGACCUUGGGUCCGCUGGUGUUUGAGAAUUGGCAUAACAAGGGAGGCCACUUUGCUGCUUGGGAAGUUCCAGAGCUCUUGGUGGAGGACAUGAGGGUGAUGUUUGGUGGCCUGGUCAAGAGCGGAGAGAUAAACUUUCCUGGCCCGAAGUAA